AUGCCGAUCAUGCGUUUGAGAGCAGAGAAAAAGAUGAGGAAACACCUCAUAGAGCAAAUGAAGGCUCGUAAGGUGUUGGGCUCCCGCCUUGCACAAGGUUACAAGACCCAGGAAGAGCUUGCUCGUCUUAACUUGGCUCCUCAAGUUUACAUGUUCAAGAACCUCUUUUCGGGUCAGGUAUUGUACUCACAGGUGCCCGGAUACCAUCAAGACCAGAUUGACACGCAGUUUCUCAGACCAAACUGGGAGAACAGAAAGCCCAGUAGAAGAAAUGACUUGUGGAGAAUCAUGUGUGUAGUGAACUUUGCCAACUAUGACUAUGCAGUGGCUGCUUACGAUGGAUUAUUGCAGUUGAGAGAGGCUAGAGAUAUUCACUUGAAGACAGAGGCUAAGGCCAUGAGAAAGAAGAACGACGAGGGAAACACCUGGUACUCUGGACAGUACAGACCCACGCAUGCACAGGAAGCCAUUGCUGAUUUGGCUCAGGUGAUUGACGAAUUUGAGUUGGAGAACACCACCGCGUUCUGGGAGUCAUUGUGGAGAAAGGGCGCAGAUGAGCAUUGGAGAAACGACUUGGUCAUGCACGAGUCUUUGCCUGUGUUCAACCCCAAGUAUCAGAGUGUUUUGUUGGAGGAGAUGAAGGAUAUGGCGUUGGCCGAGUUCGCACGGUUGAGAGAGGCUGAGGCUGAGGCCUCUGCUGAGGAGAGAGAGGGAGAGGUUGUAGCAUAG